UUGAAUAUUAAAAAAGUCUAUAUUACAUUUAGUCGUGAUGAAAUGAAUUUCUCAAAGACGGCAUUGUGAAUUUUUCGUUGUUUGUGUUUUCAGCCAAAAAAAAAUAAAAACGGUUUGUGAUAUCUUCAAUUGUACGAUUUGUGACAUUUUCAAUUGUGUUGCAAUUGAGGUUUUAACUUCAGUACGUUCAGCAGAAAAUGGUAAACGCGUGUGAAAUUUGUUCUGCUGAGCGCGACUGUUGAAUUUUACAAAGACUUUCGUGUUUUGUUCUUAUAAUGCGCAAGUACGCGCACUUAUAAUAAUGAAGCGCACUUGACAGAACAACGUGAUGAGAUAUUAUACCGUGCGUGAUAAAUAUUUCUAAUAUUAUAUUUUAUAACGACAAUCGCGUUAUGUUUGUAUUACGUGCCAAUGUACAAACUCAAGAAAAACGUAGGAUCUUGUUUCGUCUAAGUUCGUCUUCAAAUACCCUAAAUCCGUAGUCAAUAAGACAAACGAUCGACCGUCAACUCUCAGAACAAAGUGAUCUUGAACACAAGAUCGAACAACGCUAAAGUAAAUAUGUCGUUGCGAAUGCUUGACAAUUUCAAAAGUAGUCUGAACUCGAGAUUAGAUUCUAUUACGAUUAAAUUCUAUUCGAUUAGAUUCUAUUAUCAUUUCCUCGAAACAAAUAUGUGAUAAUUCACGGAGUCGCAACUGGUAUUAUUCAGACGAUCUUAAAUAUUAAGAAUUCGAGUGUACGAACGCCGAAAUCUUGUUUCCGAAUCGAAACUUCUUUCGAGUUCCAACAAGUCGAAAAACACACGGAUUCCGGUAUGAUGCAAUCUGGCGGUAAAAUUCGAUCACACUCGCGGUUUAGAUUUAGAAAAUCGUCUAAUCCGAUGUUCGAAAAUUAAAUACAAACAAUAAGAGGAAAAAAAAAAAAAGGAAUGAUGACGUUCGCGUUGAAGUGUCGAUCAAUCGCAAUAAUAAACGCGUAGGGGAGAGAUUUGUAGACGCGUCGUCGUUGUUCCGCUAACAGCGAGUCAAUUCGACCAAUUGAGCAAACCAGAAAAAGCGCCCGAUGCAUGGCACGUCGCUGAUUUAUAUAAAGGCGUUUCAAUUGGUAGAGCGUCUUCAGUCGCGCGCCGACCGUUAAAACGAAACAGGUCUUUUGUAACUACGUUUUUUUUUUGUUAUUGUUCUGCGGAAAAAUGGAUUGCGCUUUAAGUAAACUCGUUAUGUUGUACAAAAUGAAGUGGAGUUUGCGUAGCAUGUACGAUGUGUUCAGUCGCAAAAAAGUGGUCGAUGUCUCACAGGACUCGAAAUUAGCGAGGGUUUUGUCCACCCUCGACCUCACAGCUUUAGGAAUCGGUUCCACUCUGGGAGUGGGUGUGUACGUACUCGCGGGAACCGUUGCAAAGUUUACCGCCGGUCCAGCCGUAAUCAUCUCAUUCGCUAUUGCAGCAGCAGCAUCAAUGUUCGCAGGACUUUGUUAUGCCGAGUUCGGCGCCCGAGUGCCGCGUGCCGGAUCGGCAUACGUUUACAGCUACGUAACGAUGGGCGAAUUCGUGGCAUUUCUCAUCGGCUGGACAUUGAUUCUGGAAUACGUGAUCGGCUCGGCCAGUGUGGUGCGUGGUCUCAGCACGUAUGUCGAUGCGCUCUUCAACAACAGCAUGAGGAGCGCCUUCGAGUCGGCUGCACCCAUAGAUGUCACACAUCUGUCGUCGUAUCCAGACUUCUUUGCGUUUGGCGUCACGCUGUUAUUUUCAGCCGCGCUCGCCUUCGGAGCUAAGGAAUCUUCGUUGGCGAACAACUUCUUCACCAUGGUGAAUCUCUUCGUCGUGCUCUUCGUUAUAAUUGCCGGUUCCGUCAAAGCUAAUACCGGCAACUGGAAUUUGAAUCCCUCUUGCACUGAAACCGACUGUCCGAACGGAAACGGCGGGUUUAUGCCUUACGGGAUAAGGGGUGUUAUAACCGGCGCGGCCACAUGCUUCUACGGAUUCAUCGGCUUUGACUGCGUGGCCACAACGGGAGAGGAAGCUAAGAAUCCGCAGCGAUCUAUUCCCAUAGCGAUCGUCGCGUCCCUGACGAUCGUCUUUUUGGCCUACUUUGGCGUCUCGAUCAUUCUCACCACCGUCCUACCAUAUUACGACCAAGAUCCCGACGCACCGUUCCCGUACAUGUUCGAUAUGAUAGGAUGGAACUGGGCUAAGUGGCUUGUGUCGAUCGGUGCGAUUUGCGGUCUUUGUUCCAGCUUGUUAGGUGCGAUGUUUCCGCUGCCACGAGUAAUCUACGCCAUGGCUUCUGAUGGGUUGAUCUUCAAGUGGAUGGGAAAAAUAAGCUCACGAUUUCAAACUCCUCUCAUAGGCACACUUUCUUCUGGACUUCUUACAGGCAUACUAGCGGCAAUUUUCGAACUUACACAACUGGUAAACAUGAUGAGCAUCGGUACACUGUUGGCGUAUUCAAUCGUAGCGUGUUGCGUACUUAUUCUACGGUAUGAAGAAAGCGAAGCAUACGAGAAGAAAGGUGACCGCGAUCCAAGAACCUUUUUGUUUGUCAUGAAGCAACUAGUAAAUGCAAACAAAUUGAAUCACUCGACGAAACUCACAGCUCAGAUCGUUACGUUGCUCGUAUUUUGUUACGUUAUUCUUUGUAUAUGCAUCGCCUUUCUGUUGGCAUUGAACGUGGAAGAAAUCGCCGCCGGACAAGCAACCUACGUGGUGCCUCUUGUCAUUCUGUCUGUCGCACUUGUGGCUACUCUUUGUUUCAUCUAUUUUCAACCAAAUUCUGGAAAAAAACUUACAUUCUCGGUUCCUCUGGUGCCAUUCUUACCAGCCCUUAGUAUACUCAUCAACAUUUAUCUCAUGUUAAUGUUGGAUGUAAUGACGUGGGUACGUUUCUCAGUGUGGAUGGCAAUCGGUUUAUGCAUAUAUUUCUUAUAUGGCGUGUCGCACAGUAACAAUCGACAAAAGAUAUUGUCGCUGAGAUUGACUGACUAUCCCAAGGAGAACGUAUGGGAGAACAACGAUUGUACUCACAUUACAUGAUAAUCUAACAUAUCGAUCUAUGUAACAAAAAGCACUUUUUUAUAUUUUAUUUAUUAACUUGCUUUUUUUAUUAAUAAAAUGUAUUUUUGUAAUGAUAUUUUAUAAUAACAUUCAUGGUUGAAAAUUCUUA